UGGUCGGUAGUGGUAGCCAGGCACCAUCUAGUUCUUCUGGACUUAAGGUAGGUGAUGUCAUUGUUCAUGUAGCCUGUUGGUUCUGUAGACUAGAUUCUUCUUUGAGUCUUUGGUUUUCUUCUUUCUCUUUAGCUCUGGAAGAGUAGAGACCAAUAGCUUAUCUUAGAUAGCUGCUUGCAAGCUUUUAAGACCUCAGAUGCUACUUCGCAAACUAGGAUGUAGGACAUUGUCUUUAUGGACUAUAUUAUGCCAACUGACUGAGUGGCUGCAUGAAACUAUGGUCCUAAGCCCUCAGACCCAGUAAACCACUCCUAUGAGGUGUUUGGUUGUAUCUAGGAAGUAUGACAUCUUUGCUUUUUAACACUUCAAAGAGGUCUUUUACAGCAGAUUGGCCUAAUGCAGUAAAUACAUCGUUUGAUUUCUUCACUGUCACUGGAUCCAUAGGUGUUGAUUGUGGCUCCAAGUAGAAGGAAAACCUUGACAACUUCAGUCUUUUUAUCUGUUUAUCGUGAUGUCGCUUAUUGAUACAGUUGUGAGAAUUUUCGUUUUCUUCAUGUUGAGGUGUAAUCCAUAUUGAAGGCUGCAGUCUUUGAUUUUCAUCAGUAAGCGCUUAAUUCCUUCUCUGUUUAAACAAGCAAAGUUGUGUUAUCUGCAUAUCGCAGGUUGUUAAUGAGUCUCCCUCCAAUCCUGAUGCCCUGUUCUUCUUCAUGCAGUCCAGCCUCUCGGGUUAUUUGCUCAGCAUAUAGAUUGAAUAAGUAGGGUGAAAUGGUACAACCCUGACUCACACCUUUCCUGAUUUUAAACCAUGCAGUAACCCAAUGUUGUGUUCGAACGACUGACUUUUGGCUCAUGUGUAGGUUUUGCAUGAUCACAAUUUAGUGUUUUGGAAUUCCCAUUCUUUACAAUGUUAUCCACAAUUUGUUAUGAUCCACGGUCGAAUGCCUUUGCGUAGUCAAUAAAACACAGAUAAACAUCUUUCUGGUACUCUCUCCUUUCAGCCAAGGUCCAUCUACAUCAGCAGUGAUAUGCGUCGUUCCACGUCCUCUUCUGAAUCUGGGUUGAAGAUCUAUCUAGAUCAGCAGUGAUAUGCGUCGUUCUACGUCCUCUUCUGAAUCUGGCUUGAAUUUCUGACAGUCCCCUGUGGAUGUACUGCUGCAACCGUUUCUGAGUUACCUUCAGCAUAAUUUUACUUGGAUGUGAUAUUCAUACCUAUUCAAUCUGUAUGCUGAGCAAAUAAUCCGAGAAGCUGGACUAUAUGAAGAAGAACGGAAUAUCAGGAUUGGAGGAAGACUCAUUAACGACUUGCGUUAUGCAGAUGACGCAACCUUGCUUGCUGAAAGUGAAGAUGACUUGAAGCACUUCCUAAUGAAGAUCAAAGACCAUAGCCUUCAGUUUGGAUUGCACCUCAACAUGAAGAAAACAAAAAUCCUCACAACUGGACCAGUGAGCAGCAUCGUGAUAAACGGAGAAAAGAUUGAAGUUGUCAGGGAUUUCAUUUUACCUGGAUCCACAAUCAACAGCUGUGGAAGCAGCAGUCAAGAAAUGAAAAGACGCUUUGCAUUGGGUAAAUCUGCUGCAAAGGACCUCUUGAAAGUGUUGAAGAACAAAGAUGUCACCCUGAAGACUAAAGUGCGCCUGACUCAAGCCAUGGUAUUUUCAAUCACAUCAUAUGCAUAUGAAAGCUGGACAAUGAAUAAGGAAGACCGAAGAAGAGUUGACACCUUUGAAUUGUGGUGUUGGCGAAGAAUAUUGACUAUACCAUGGACUGCCAAACCAAAACACCAAACCCAGUGCGGUUGAGUCGAUUCCGACUCAUAGCGACCUUGUAGGACAGAGUAGAACUGCCCCACAGAGUUUCCAAGGAGUGCCUGGUGUAUUCGAACUGCUGGCCCUUUGGUUAGCAGCUGUAGCAGUUAACCACUAUGCCAUCAGGGUUUCCAUGGACUGCCAAAAGAAGGAAGAAAUUUGUCUUAGAAGAAGUAUAACCAGAAUGCUUCUUAGAAGCAAGGAUGGAACAUCAUUUACAGCGAGCUAUUUCAGCACAGCAAGUGUUUAGAGAAAAAAAAGAGAGCAUGGUCAUUCCAGUUCCUGAGGCAGAGAGCAACGUCAACUAUUACAAUCGCUUGUACAAAGGAGAGUUUAAACAGCCAAAACAGUUCAUUCAUAUUCAGCCCUUUAAUCUAGACAACGAGCAACCAGAUUAUGAUAUGGAUUCAGAAGAUGAGACUUUAUUAAACAGACUUAACAGAAAGAUGGAAAUUAAGCCUUUGCAAUUUGAAAUUAUGAUCGACAGACUUGAAAAAGCCAGUUCUAAUCAGCUUGUAACACUUCAGGAAGCAAAACUGCUGCUAAAUGAGGAUGAUUACCUUAUUAAAGCUGUAUAUGACUACUGGGUGAGAAAACGUAAAAACUGCAGGGGGCCAUCGCUCAUUCCUCAGAUCAAACAAGAGAAAAGGGAUGGCUCUACAAACAAUGACCCCUAUGUUGCCUUUCGGAGGAGAACAGAGAAAAUGCAAACUCGAAAGAAUCGUAAGAAUGAUGAAGCCUCUUAUGAAAAGAUGUUGAAAUUGAGACGAGAGUUUAGUAGAGCCAUAACCAUUUUGGAAAUGAUUAAGAGAAGAGAGAAAACAAAACGAGAAUUAUUGCACUUAACCUUAGAAGUUGUGGAAAAAAGAUACCAUUUGGGAGACUAUGGUGGUGAAAUCCUUAAUGAAGUGAAAAUCAGUAGAUCAGAAAAAGAGUUAUAUGCCACUCCAGCAACUCUUCAUAAUGGAAAUCAUCACAAAGUCCAAGAAUGUAAAACUAAGCACCCUCAUCAUUUAUCUUUGAAGGAAGAGGCUUCUGAUGUGGUUCGUCAAAAGAAGAAGUACCCAAAGAAGCCUAAAGCAGAGACUUUGAUAACAUCUCAGCAACCCACUCCUGAGGCAUUGCCUGUGAUCAAUAAGAGUGACAUUAAGCAAUAUGACUUUCACAGCUCAGAUGAAGAUGAAUUUCCACAGGUACCGUCCCCAGUAUCAGAACCUGAAGAAGAAAAUGAUCCUGAUGGUCCCUGUGCUUUCAGAAGGCGGGCAGGAUGCCAGUAUUAUGCUCCUCGUUUGGACCAAACUAACCAUUCAUUUGAAAAUUCGGAGUUGGCAGAUUUGGAUAAGCUGAGGUAUAGGCAUUGCCUUACAACGCUUACAGUUCCAAGCAGAUGUAUAGGAUUUGCAAGGAGACGAGUUGGCAGAGGUGGCAGAGUUAUAAUGGACCGAAUAGCCUCAGAACAUGACCCAGUCCUGAAACAGAUAGACCCUGAAAUGCUGAAUGGUUUUUCAAGCCCUUCUCAAACUGUAGACUUUUCUUCUAAUUUCUCUCGGACCAAUGCUUCCAGUAAACAUUGUGAAAAUAGACUGUCCCUUUCUGAAAUACUAAGCAAUAUUAGAUCAUGUCGACUACAGUGUUUCCAGCCAAGGCUACUGAAUUUACAGGACAGUGAUAGUGAAGAACGUACCUCAAGGAAACCAGGGCAGACUGUGAACAACAAAAGAAUUUCUGCAGCAUCUGUAGCGUUAUUGAACACCAGCAAGAAUGGCAUAUCAGUGACAGGGGGUAUUACAGAAGAGCAGUUUCAGACACAUCAGCAGCAGUUAGUUCAAAUGCAAAGGCAGCAGCUUGCUCAGCUUCAGCAGAAACAGCAGUCCCAGCAUUCCUCGCAGCAGACGCAUCCGAAAGCGCAGGGCUCAAGCACCUCUGACUGUAUGUCUAAAACACUUGACUCAGCCAGCGCCCACUUUGCUGCAUCUGCAGUGGUCAGUGCACCUGUUCCAAGUCGCAGUGAGGUAGCCAAGGAACAGAACACUGGUCACAACAACAUAAAUGGUGUUGUCCAGCCUUCAGGAGCCUCUAAAACAUUAUACUCUACCAAUAUGGCUUUAUCAUCCAGCCCAGGGAUUUCAGCUGUACAACUUGUAAGGACAGUUGGCCACACCACUACAAACCACUUAAUCCCAGCAUUGUGCACAAGCAGUCCUCAAACACUUCCCAUGAACAAUUCCUGCCUGACAAAUGCAGUGCACCUCAAUAACGUCAGUGUUGUUUCUCCAGUCAAUGUGCAUAUCAACACAAGGACUUCAGCACCAUCGCCAACAGCCUUAAAACUUGCCACAGUGGCUGCCAGUAUGGACAGAGUGCCAAAGGUUACUCCCAGCAGUGCCAUCAGCAGCAUAGCAAGAGAGAACCAUGAACCAGAAAGAUUGGGUUUAAAUGGAAUAGCAGAGACCACAGUAGCCAUGGAAGUGACAUAACUUAAAACUGUGUGGCUUUGACCUGUGCUGAUGGUAUGCAGUCAUUCAUAUUCCAGCCGAAUGCAAAAGGCGACACUCUGUGGAUCACAGAGCGUUACAGUGGACCUAAAUGGACUACAGUAUAUCGGAUGUUAAGUCGAUAUAUAAUGUAUAUUUUGUAAAAUUGGGAAAAUCACUACCUUGUAAAAUAGUUUAUUUGUAUCAUCAAUAUUAUUUCUGUUACUUGAAUAGUAGAUAUUCAUCAUCAUGCUUUUGCACUUGAAUUUGCAACUGAAUGGAUUUUAAAAAAAUAAUUCUUUAAUGGGAUCAUGAGCAUGAAAUGGGAUCCUGCAUCACUUGUUUUAACUAUUUAUUUUGCCAUGUUUACAUUUUGUAUCUUGUAAAAAAUAAAAUCCAACUUUGUGUCUAAAAACUUAAAGAUUCAUAGCUAGGAAAUGAAAUUCUUGUAAUUUUUUUCUAAAGAAACUGUAAAGUUUUCACUUGGUUCAUUUUGUUUCACAAUUUGACUAGAUGGACUUUUUGGUAAAUACUUUAGUGGCAUUUCACUGUCAAAUAUGAAGUUCAAGGCAAAAUAGUAUUUUCUAUUACUGUGCAGGGGGAAGGGAUGGAUCGAUACAUGCAAAUUUAAUGUAGUAACUCACUUUUCCAUAUAUUUUGAAUGUAUAUUUCUAUUUAUAAUACCAGUUUAUAAAAAAGUAAUUACACAGAAAAAACGGACUAGGAAAAAUUAUGCGUCUGGCACAUUUAAACUGUGCAGAUAUGAAAAUUUUUCAAGGAUUACAUUUUAUCUGAAGACUGCAUAUUUUAACUGGCUUUAAAACAGUAACACACCACAUAAAGAAUAUUUUACCAGGUAUGUCUUGCUUUAUAUCAUUGCAAUAAUUAUUGGAAGUCUAGAUAUCGAGCCAUCCCAGGUGUUGGGGGCGGGGGGGAGGGUUGUGGCAAGAUUGUCUUUUCAAUUUUGGAGAGUUUUCCUGUGGCUACAAGGCAAGUAACGGGUUGGAAAAAGUCUGACUGUAAGCGUUGGACACCUUCAUAGUGUAGUGUUUUAGUGACUUUUUUUAUACGGUUCUUGUAAAUUAGAUACGUGUAGUGGUGUUUCAGAAUGUUUGUUUAUGCACUAGUUCAGACAACUUUCCCUGUUACUUGUUCUUGAUAAGUGAAAACUGCAGGGAAAUAAAAAUACAUAUCAAAACAUGGACAUGCUGCAUAUGUGUUUAUUUCACAAUGUGCACACAGUGUAAGUGAAAAUUUAAGGGAGAUGAUAGCACUUAACAGCACUUUUCAUUUUCACAGUGCUUUCCAAGCAUUAAUGAAAAGAACUAUAAGAAGCUCAUCUGUGGGCAUUAUUGGGUUUCAGAUAAUCCAAUAUAAACUACCUUUGGUAUGAAUAGCUCUUAAAAUAUUUUACAGAAUGUAAUUUGCAGUAUAACAUUCAUUGAACUCUCAUAAAUGAGCCUCAUUUUAUAAAUAAAAGUUUAGAGUAGAAUUAUAUUGCAAGGGGGUUUUGUCAAGUAAGUACUGGGAAAUGUAAAUAUUUUUAAUGAAUACAGUUAAAACCAUUUCAAACUUACAUAAUUUUAUACUUUACGUUUUUAUAUCUGCAGUCCUGAAAGUUGUAAAUUGAUAUGUCAGUUGAAUUAAUGGGCCAAGAUUUCUGCUGAGAGGGGUUUUAUUCAGGUCUUGAUGUGUAAAACAAUUUAUGGCCAAAACCAUAGGAAAAAUAAUAAAUUUAAUUUCUUCAGUGGUUGUGACCUGAUAGGAUCCAUGCUCGUUUCUGCCAUACUACCUCUGGAGUUACUCAUUGCUGAUUAUAUAAAGGAAAUAAUUUUGAUUUGAUAUGUAUUAUGUGUUCAUUCUGCUUAUAGUUGGAUGUAUCUUCUUGCUAUUAAGAACUCAAAACAACUUUAGUGCCAAUUUUGGAGAAAGAUUUUUUUUUUCCAUUUUAUUGAAGUAAAGCAUGAAGUGAAUUUGCCUUUAUGUGAUAAACAUGUUUUAAAUAAUUUAAGUAAAACAAAAGAAUUAUCCUUCUGUACAGUUUCUGGAGGUGGUGGCAAACUCAGAACUUACCAAAGACUGGUGACUAAUUUAUUUGUUCCUUUUGAAGUAAAAUAGAAAGAGAAGCCUUCCUUAUUUUGGUGGUUGUAACUGUUUCAUAGUUGGCAUUUCAGUUACUUGCAUGCACGCUUUUCCAGUGUUUUUCAACAUCUUAAGGGGCAGAUCAUCCUUUUCACCUUAUUAAAUUGAAUAUUUUGCACUGUCCCUACACUGACAAGUACCAUCUCUUGGUUUUCUGAGGAAACUAGUAUUUGUACUUGUAAGCCAAUAAGCUUCUAGAAUCCUUGGAGAAUGGUUUUUGGGGGAGUGAGUGUAGUAAGGGUGUGUGUGUGAGUGUAAUAACAGGGUAACUCGUAUUAAAGAGAGUACUCCUUCCUGUCCCAGAAAUUGCAGGUCAUCAUUAUGACCAGUUAUUGUGACAUAGCUCUAAGUAUAUUAGAGGUUGUAAUACGUAGUCUUUUCUUUGCAAAAGACCAAGGGAAAAAUAAAAAUGUUUGGAGGGCACAUUUAAAAAGAAUAAAAACACAGAGAUAUAUAGAUAACAUUUUUUCUGUCUUUUAAAAAUAAGGAAUACAGUAUUUUCAACUGUGCCUAAGUGUUUUUUUUAUUAUCAAGCUUUUUGGUGGGGGGAGGGGACAGAGGGAUGGUGGUAAAGAGGACUAACAUUUCAGAAGCCUCUCAUAGUGUUUGAAUAUAAUGCUACACCUUCAGACAAAUGUUGUUGAUCAGUAAUACACUUUUAACUCAAGUGUUUUGUUUUCCCUUAAGCAGCCUGGCAAAUGACUGUAUUUGAAAAGAUAAGGGUGUCUCAAGUAAUUCUGAAUAUUAUAACCCGUAAGACAAGAGAUGAUUUUCCGUCACCAGCAAAAAAUAAGCACCGUAAAAAUAGCUAACAUCAUGAAACAUGUGAAGUUGUCUUUUUCAUUUAGUCCUAACAGCACUUCUGUAAAGUACUGCUAUUUUUCCCAUGUUACCAAAAAACCCAAACCAAACCCACUGCAUUGAGUCGAUUCAGACUCAUAGCGACCCUAUAGGACAGAGUAGAACUGCCCAAGGAGCGCCUGGUGGAUUGGAACUGCUGACCUCUUGGUUAGCAGCCGUGGCAUUCAACCACUAUGCCACCAUGUUACAGACCAGGAAAGCGAAACUUAGGAACAUUAAGUUACUAGCCCUGUGUCACAUAGUAACAUAAAUUACUAAUCCAGGAGUUAAACCUAGCCAGCCACCAUACUUGUAUCCACUGCUUUCAUCUUCAAUAUGAAAGUACUACUCCUCAAAGAAGUAAUUAUGCAUCUCAGUCCGUUUACUGGCAGCAUCCAUAGCAGGGUUUUAAAUUUCAUUUAGAAAGCAACCACCCCUACUCUUAUACCACCAGGCAAUUGAUAUUUGUUUUUUGUUGUUUUCUUUAUUCCCAAACUUUGCCCGUUAGAGCCGAUUGUGGCUUUUAGCCAUCUGCCAAGCAAACCCAAACCAAUCAGUUUAUCCUCUCUCUGCCCCACCUUGCCACUAAGUUAAAGCUCUCACUCAGCACAAGGCAAAGGGAGCUACCUGGGUGUGGGCCAGGAUCUGCCUGAGUUGGCCUGUCUCUGAACCUUGGUUUAAGCAUGUUCCUGAAACUACUUGAAGUAUGUCUUGGUGGGGGCGUACAUAUAGCCCACGUGUCACUGGCUUCUUAGCAAGGAAGUAAAUGAUGUGUGGUCUCAGGCUGAGUUAGUCUAGAGGUCUUUAAGUCAGUGUCGUCAAGGCCGAAUCAAGUAUGGACAAUUCUAUGACAUAUUGUAAUGAGCUUAUACUGAGUAUAUACAAUGCUAAGCAACUUCAGUGACUACAAGUUAUAAAAGGGCACCAGAACCACAUAUUUUCCAGAGGAAGGGACAAUGAGGGGAAUAAGCAAGAAGCAAUACAGAGAAUUUGGAGGAAGCAAGGUUUUAAUCUCUGCUGUUUAACUGGUUGGUGAUUUCAUCAUCCUGGUACUCUGAACGUGUACAAUGAAUGAAUGGGUGGAAUUAGAU